UUUACGUCAGUUCGGUCGGAAGACGCCGGUAGCUGAGACCUAGCUUUUGACAAUGGGUUCUUUCUUGUCCCGGUCUCUGGAGCCCAUUAAGGUCGCUGCGUCUCCUGAGGUCACCAACUCCGCCGAACCCCUGCCCCUCGCUGCACCUGAAGCGCCGACCUCUCCAGCGGAAGCCCCACUAUUUAAUAACUGCUGGAGCUGUCGCGUGCUCUCCGGGUCGGGGCUGAUAGGGGCGGGCGGGCAUUGCUUGUUGGGGUGUAGUCAUCCUGUCAGACCCCAAAGGGAAGGCCUUCCGUGCCGAGUGAAAGUACCACUGGUGAAUUUGUCAUCUUCUGUCCAUGUCUCCAUGACACCAGAACAAGCAUCGGACUUAUGGAUGUUCUGGACAGACAAAUGGAUAGUAACAGACUUCAACCCUGCGGAUACUACAAGACUGAAAAGACAAUGUAGGUUGUUAUUCUUUGGUGAUGAGUAUUUGUGGCCUUCUUCUCAUACUCCACAGGGACUAAUAAAUCCCUGAGAAAAGAACCAAGUUUUGUGUCUUACCUAGAGGAGGAGGAUAUACUAAAAAUAAAGAGGAAAUGAUAAACCAAAUUGGAAAAUGGAAUAAACUAUUAUUUUAAAUAGUUCUCUUAUAAUGGCAUGAACACUUAUUAGCAACCUAACAUUGAAUUUGCAUCAUGCAAUGUGCAGAAGUACAUAAAAUUUUCUCUGUGUACUGCUCAUGAUUUACAAGGUGUUGUCAAAUCAAUUACUUUAUGAGAGGUUCAAAGCGACUGAGAUGCUUAUUUCAUUGGUGGUAAGUGAAACUUGAAAAUAGUCCUAUUGAUUUUCCCAGCAUCAUUCAUCAAGUCAGUGAUAUAGCUAGGACUUGUUCUUGUUUAGUUCUAGUUCUUGUCUUUCACAACUAAGAUGAUUUUGUGACAAAACAAAAAUCAGCAUAUGGUAAAAGAUAAGUACUAAAAUAUUUUAAAGAAAUUCACAACAUUGUUAUUAAGUACAAAAACCAGGUUUUGUCCACAACCACUGGAAAUGUUCCUAUUAUGAAAUUGAGAUGCUUUUGAGAUAAUGACUUAAAAUUUGAUAGUUCGUUUCUAACAAAUCUGUGGUUCCCUUUUCUAUAAAGUUAUAUAUAGCUUUUUGGUUCAGAGUAGAGAGAUAGUCACAUUUAGUGACAAUCAUAGUGUGUUAGUUUUGAAAGUACUUUUCAGGGCUUUUACUCAAGUAUGUAGAAGUGUCUGAGCUUAAUGCUGGAUGUCUGUAUUCCCAACAUUUUCUUAGGUCAAACCAAAACUACAUAAAUCUAACUUGUUGGACGUGGCUUGACUUACUGGAUAAAUAGAGUAACUCAAAUUUAUAUAUGUAAAGUAAUUUUAACAUCUUAGAAUUUGUACUAGUGUGUGAGCAAAAGAGCUUUUUCCAAAUGAACUUGUCUUCUCACUAGAAUAUUGCCAAGGUAUAUUUCGUUCUUCACAAUGUGGGCCUGCUUUACUAGGUUUCCGCAAAAUAAUGCUCUACUAUGUCUGUGGCCAGUUAACAGGAAUAACACCCCCCACCCCACCCCCUCAAAAAUCGAUUAGUUAAAUUUGGGAUGAAUAGUUGUUUUUCUUUUUUUCUUUUCUCCUUUUCUUUAACUUUCAAAGUUAAAGUUCCAGAAGUUGCUUUGAGGUGAGCCUGGGUGGCUCAGUUGGUUAGGCAACCAACUCUCAGUUUUGGUUCAGGUCAUGAUCUCACAGUUUGUGAGUCUGAGCCCUCUGGCUCUGCAAUGACUGUCUCUCAAAAUAAAUAAAUAAACUUAGAAAAAAGUUGCCUUGAUUUCUGCAAGUGCAGAGUCAGAAAUCCAGUUUGUUUUAGAGAUAAGUCUGAUCUUCAGACUUCAAUCUGGAAGUACACAUAGUACGUAUAGUGCCCCUAUUAUCGUCCCUUUUGUUGGGGAUGAGGUGGAGUAAGUAGGCUAAACAGACUCAAGAAUCAGCGGCUUAUUUGUGAUGUAAGAAUACCUGUUUUUAUGGGGUUUAGAAUCUCUUUAUGGCAUGGAGAUGAGAGUUUACAAAAGCUCGUAAUUACGUUUAGCAAAAGAGAAGAGAAAAAGUACAAAUAAGGGAAAUUUAAAAUGAACUUACAGUUAUCUUGAAACACAACCAAAAUGUGAACAUACAUGUAAACACUAACAAUGUUUGUGAUGUCCAGGGUGUCUGUCAGCCUUUACCUAGUGUAAACUUUGGUAUCUCAAGAUAAUCAAGAAGUUAUUGCACCAUC